AUGGCGGAUGAAAAGUGUAGGAGUUUCCAGAGUAUAAUACCAGCUGAAGAACAAGGUGUUUUGUGGCUGUCCAUUGGGGCCGAGGUCCUGGAUGUCCUUCUGGUGCUGACAAAUGCCAUCCUUCUGGGCUCCAGAGUGAGUCGUGACAGCUCUGGGCUUGACUGGCUCAAAGUGAAUGCCGCGGUAACCAUCCUCAUGGUGCUCGCAGGGCUCCUAGGCAUGGUGGCCCACAUGAUGUACACAACCAUUUUACAGAUCACCGAGAAUCUGGGACCAGAAGAUCGGAAGCCUCAGACUUGGAACUAUGGCUGGUCCUAUUGCCUCGCCUGGGGCUCUUUCGCCCUCUGCAUGGCGGUGUCGGUCACAGCCACGAGCAGAUACACGGCAGCCCGCCUGGCGCUCACGGAGAAGCGGAGGGGGCAGAAGGACAGUCGGCGCUCUCCACACGACUUCCUGGAACCCGAGGCUUCGGAGAUCGUUUGGGAAUCGGGAGCUGCUCCCAGCCCUGCUGGACAUGCCCUCGAGAGUGUUUCUGGGCACCUGCCACCAGGUGCCCCCGGCAAGGUGUCCAUGUGCUAA